CUGACCCUAGCAGGGGCCGUUGUUGCCUGCUCGACACGGCGCGCUGCUGAACCGGACGAAAUUUGUUUGGGGGCUUAUUUACAUGCUCACGAAUCGCUCUUUCUUCGACCAAAAUUUCAUCUCGCCAUUCUCAAUUUCUCCCAAUCAUCCAGCCGACUUGUUGCCAGAAUUCCCCUGGUUUGAGCGUACAUUCUCGAUUUUUCGAGACUGCCAAUUGACCUCGUAUCAGUCUCCUUACUCCAUUCCAGAAGUACGAGACCCACUCCCGACCGCAACAUUCCCUCCAGAACCCGAGCAAGAUGCCACCAAAGCGGGGAAAGAAGGCGGCGACUCCAGCGAAACCAGCCUUGGACGGGUGCAAGAUCGCCCUCAGUGGCACUUUUCCCCGCGCUCCACACGCCUUCAUAAAGGCCAAAGCAGAGGAGCUUGGAGCGGUCGUGGCCAGCAGCGUAACCGACGAUGCCACCCACCUCCUGGCAACCGAGAACGACUACAAAAAGCCAUCUCCCAAGGUCGCCAAGGCACAGUCACUCGGUAUUCACAUUGUGAGCUUGGAAUGGCUUUUUGCCUGCGAGGAAAGCGGCACCAAAGAGGCCGAGGAUAGUUACACGCCUGGCGCCACCGACCAGGACGACGACGACUCCACCCCCGCACAACCGGACGCAUCCAAGUCGGCGCCCGCAGCGUCGUCCCAAACCAACGGUACCGCUAGAACAAGCACCAGGGCGCGGAAGCGUGCUCCUUCCCCCGUCGUGGACAAUGCCUCGGAUACCGAACCUGCGCCGAAACCCAAGCGCACGAGAGGGCGCAAGGCAGCUGCUGUCAAGGUAGAGCCGGAGGAUGAUGUCGAUAUGCCGGACGCGAACGAUGCGAACGACGCUGCCGAUGCCGAACCUAAAAAGGAAGAGAAACCGGCCAAGGCAAAGGUCGAGAGAGCCAUGGGCGAAGGCCAAGUCGCGAAGAGCAAGAACAUGCAAAUCCCUCUCGAUGAAGGCUGCCCAUACAUCACGUCCAAGGUCUACAUCGACGAUGCGGGGGUCAUUUUCGACGCGUCGUUGAACCAGACCAAUGCGUCAAAUAACAACAAUAAGUUUUAUCGCAUCCAGCUCUUGGAGGACCCUAGCGGCAUCUUCCGGACGUGGACUCGGUGGGGCCGCGUUGGAGAACGUGGUCAGACACAAGUCGCAGCCGAAGGUACUCUGGAUAACGCUAUGCGGCAGUUUGAGAAGAAGUUUAAAGACAAGUCGACGCUUGCCUGGAAGGAUCGUGGCAACAACCCGAAACCGGGUAAAUAUGCCUUCGUCGAGAAGAACUAUGACGACGAUUCGGACGAUGAUGAUGAGGCCGAUGGUAAUGCGACUGGAGACAAGGCCCCGAGCCGGAAAGCACCCGAGUCAAAACUCGAACCUGCUGUACAGCAGCUCAUGAACCUCAUCUUCAAUCAGCAAUUCUUCAAUGCCGCCAUGUCGGCUCUCAACUACGACGCCAAUAAGUUGCCGCUCGGGAAACUCAGCAAGGCAACCAUCACGCGAGGUUUCCAGGCGCUCAAGGACCUUUCCGCGCUCAUCGACGACCCCGCCACUUCUGCAUCAGUCCACGGCAUGGCGUACGGUCCGGCGGUUGAGCAGCUCUCCAACACCUUCUACUCUUUGAUCCCCCAUGCAUUUGGCAGAAAUCGCCCCCCGGUCAUCAACAACCAGUCCAUGGUUAAGACAGAAAUAGAACUUCUGGAAAGCCUGAGCGACAUGAAGGACGCUGCGCUCAUCAUGAAGGUGGACAAGGCUGCCGAAAACGAGAUCCACCCAGCAGACAAGCAGUUCCAGGGUCUCAACAUGAAGGAGAUGACGCCCCUCGACCCGACCGGUAACGAGUUCACCCAACUGAAGAACUACUUGGUCGAGAGCCGCGGCGCCACGCACGGACACCACUAUAAAGUCGAGGGCAUCUUCCGUAUCGAGCGCCAAGACGAGUUCAAGCGGUUUGAAGACAGCAAGUUUGGGAAGAUGGACCAGAACCGGCGCCUGCUGUGGCACGGUUCCCGCUGCACCAACUUUGGUGGUAUUCUCAGCCAGGGACUUCGCAUUGCGCCGCCAGAAGCACCGGUGUCGGGCUACAUGUUUGGCAAGGGUAUCUACCUGGCCGACAUGGCGUCCAAGUCGGCCAACUACUGCUGCUCAUCCAUUUCGAACGGUACCGCGCUCCUUCUGCUCUGCGAGGCUGAGCUGGGUGACCCCAUGCAGGAGCUGGUGAACGCCUCAUACACGGCGGGCGAGGAUGCGGAGAAGAACGGCAUGGUGUCGACCUGGGGCCAGGGCACCACUGGUCCCAGCCAGUGGAAGGAUGCCAGCUGUGUCCACCCCGACUUGGCGGGUGUGAAAAUGCCUGACACGUCGGUGUUGCCCGGAGCCACCAACAUUCCGAAUGCCGGCCUGUACUACAACGAGUACAUUUGUUACGACGUCAAGCAGAAACGGACAAAUACCUGCGUCACGUGUCGUGCGCGCAAGGUCCGCUGUGACGGCCGACGCGGCAUCUGCACCAACUGUGAGCGUCUCGGCUUCAGCUGUUCGUACGACGAGAAUGUCGGCGUCGAGGUCGCCUGUCAGAACUGCCAUGCCAGGAAGGCCAGGUGCAGCGGCUCCAUGCCGAGUUGUGACCGUUGCCGGGUCCAGCGCCUCGAGUGCGUGUACCGGCCCGGCAAGCGGUCGCUCCCCCUGCCGCUGCCGAACCCCGCCGCGGCCCCGUCUCCCGGCUCCGGGAUGGACCUCGAUGCGCCUCCGGGGCAGGGCGCACCAAACGACUACGCCACCUCCAGCAGCAACGCGAGCCCUGCCACGGCCGCCGUCGACCCGACUGAACCCGACGAAGCCCUAGCCCUCAAAGCGUUCGACAACUUUUUCCGCCACAUCUACCACGUCGCCAUGUUUUCCUUUCUGCACCGGCCGUCCCUCAUGGAGCUCUACCACGCCGGGUCGCUAGACCGAGCUCUCGUCCUCUCCGUCGUCGGCAUCACCUCGCUCCUAACCGACAUGGGUCCGGGCAUGGUCGACUACGGAAACCGAUGCAUCGAAGAGUCCGUCUCGCUGUGCCUGGCAGGGCUCGAAAAGCCGACCAUUUCGCGUCUGCAGGCCCUGGUGCUGGCCGUCAAGCACCGCAUCCUCUCCAAGCGCUUCUCCAGCGCCUUCAUGCUCCACGCCAUUGCGAGCCGGUUCGCGACUGCCCUCCGUCUGUACCAAGAGAAUACGGACCUCUGCUUUCUCGCGCGGGAAGCCCGCCGCCGCCUGAUGUGGUCCAUCUACAUGAUCGACGCGUCCAUCGCGACAGGCCAGGCGGAUGUCGCUAUCUGGUUCGAUGCCGAGCGGCAAAUCCAGCUGCAGCUCCCGUGCAACGAGCGCAACUUUGACUUUGACCUGCCAGACCCAACGGAAGGGCUCCGGUCGCCGGGCCCCGACCCCUCAACCGGUAUCGUGCCGCCCUUGCCAGACGUGCUUGGCCUCAUGGCGUUGCAUAUCCGCCUGUACUGGAUGCGCACCCGUAUCCUGCAGUGCACAUCACGAGCGGCCGCUUCCCCCACGGCGGACACGCUAGCCAUGCUGCCGAGUCAGCUGGCCGAGCUCGCUGCGGAACUCGAGGGGUUCGAGGCGAGGUUGCCGGUCUCGUUCCGCGAGAACGAGGCUAAUUUCCGCCUGCGCAGCUAUUCCACCCGACUUAACAUAUUCAUCACCACACACAUGCUGUGGAGACAGUGUCAUCUUGACCUGUACCGCCUGUUUCUCCCAGGCUUGAAGGAGGCACUUGCCCCGGCUGCUUUGCAGCAACUAGACUCUCACUUCGUGAUGCAUAGCCGGCGUAGCUGCUACGAGCACGCCAGGCGGAUGGCCGACAUGAUGUCGCAGCUGCUGAGUUUGAGUAGCACAUCCAGCACCCCCCCGGUGGCCGAUUUGGAUCUCACCGGGUGCGCGUUCCACUGCUCGAGGGUGCUGUAUCACGGUUUACAGACGGACAGCGGUGAUCUUGGAUUGGGUUUCACGCAAGAACGCGUCCAGGAGCUGGCUGGCGUCUGCCUCCGCGCUGCGCGGCAGUCAACUCCCGGGCAAGCGUCUGCCAGUAUUCAAGCGGAUAUCGAGCGGCUGAUUGCCAACGGUCUGUCCCUGCCAGAGGUUCCCCCCGCUUUAAUGGGCCGCACUCGCAGCCUGGGUCCUGGAACGGGGACGCCGUAUCUCGCGCCACAAGGCCCGGCGCCGGCAGCAGACCACACGGCCAAUCGCAUGCACCUCAUGGUUCCGACCCCGACCCCGACCCCGGGGAACCAAGCGAGCGUAGGAUCAAUGCAAAUGCCGCCGCCCGCGUCCAUAAGCCCCAUGGCAGCGUUGAGCCUGCCCAUGGCGGCUGAAUCGGCGGCGCACGGCGCCGCGGGCGUCGCCCCAUCCCAGGCCAGCGCAUUGCCCGACGGGCUCAACUUCGGCCCCGAGUUCUUCGGCAUGGAUUCGUGGGCGUCAUUCGCGGGCUGGCCGGAUAUCGGGCAGUUUCCGACCAGUGAGAUCUCAUGA